AAAGAGCAAAGCCGACUGACUUCCCCGGCCUCCCGGGGCCGCCCCAGGACUCCAGGACCGUCGCUCCGCACGAGCGACGUGGACUCGCCUGGCUCCGGGGCCUGCCUGCCCUGCCCUCGUCCCGGGCGCCCGGGGCCGCACCUUUUAGGGGCAGGGGGAGGGGCACAAAAGGCCGACUCCUGGGCCCCCGGGCCUGGAGCGGACUGGAGGGGGGGCAGCUCCUCGGUCUGUAGGUGCAGGGGGAGGCGGGGCUUGGUGUCAGGUGGGGCGGAGCAAGGGCUGGGAGGAGCCUGGUUGGGGCGGGGUUUAGAGUGGAAAUGGGAGGAGUUUGUGGUGUAAGGCUGUGUAGACAAAUGGGAGGGGCCUGUGCAAGGGGUGGGGCUUCGUAAAGGGGCGUGGCCCGAGGGGAACAGCGGGAGGGCUGGAGGGUGAAAGGUGGAAGGAAGGUGGUGAGGCUUAGCGGAGAAAUGGGGUUCAGGAAGGUGGGAGGAGCUGAGAGUAGAAGGGGUGCAGUCUGUCUCGGGUGUGGCUGAGAGACGGUGGGUGGGCAUGGGGAGGGGCCAGCUCGAGGUCCUUAAUUUGGAGGGUUUGGGGGAACUGUCAGGUCUUUACAAGGAAGGGAGGACGGACCUGCACAGGAGGGGAGUACUUAACGGAGGGCCAAGAAAGGACUGAGGGAGCAGCAGCUCAGUGAAAGAGGGCCCGGGAAGGAGGGGGUGCAUCUCAGGGAGUGACUGGCGAGGUUUUGGAAGUGGGUCCCCGGGAGAAGAGGGGCUUAGAGAUGCCAGAUCUCUUCGGAAAGGGUGGUGGGACAGAGAGGAAACCGGAGCAACUUAAAGGCUGGCGACAGCUUCCGCACAGCCAGCAUGUGGCUCGGUCCUCGCUGCCUCUCCACGAGGCAGAGAGAGCCCAGCCCUGUCAUUGCGUUCCCUGCCACGAUGGAUGACACCCCGCUGCCAGCGCCCCCAGUCCCUGCCCCGACCCCAGCGCCAGCACCAGCACCUGCGGCUGCCGCACCCCGGGUCCCGUUCCACUGCAGUGAGUGUGGCAAGAGCUUCCGCUACCGCUCAGACCUGCGGCGCCACUUUGCCCGGCACACCGCACUCAAACCCCAUGCGUGUCCGCGCUGUGGCAAGGGCUUCAAGCACAGUUUCAACCUGGCCAACCACCUGCGCUCGCACACCGGGGAGCGGCCCUACCGUUGCUCCGCUUGCCCCAAGGGUUUCCGGGACUCCACCGGCCUGCUGCACCACCAGGUCGUCCACACCGGUGAGAAGCCCUACUGCUGCCUGGUCUGCGAGCUCCGCUUCUCCUCGCGCUCCAGCCUGGGCUGCGAGAAGCUGUUCCGCUCGCCACGGGACCUGGAGCGGCACGUGCUGGUGCACACCGGGGAGAAGCCGUUCCCGUGCCUCGAGUGCGGCAAGUUCUUCCGCCACGAGUGCUACCUCAAGCGCCACCGGCUGCUGCACGGGACCGAGCGGCCCUUCCCGUGCCGCGUCUGCGGCAAGGGCUUCAUCACGCUCAGCAACCUCUCCAGGGGUGGGGACCCCGAUUUAGGGCCAGCCCUCAGAUGGUCCACAACCCUGAAGAUCAGAGAUGCUCGAGUGUACACACCCGAUGGCAAAAGCCUGGAGAAUAAAAUCAACUUAGAGCGAGUCAGGGCCGGUUUCCGUGACACGGGCAGUGCCACAGCGUGGAAGGCUAGCCUCGGGGAGGCUCUGUCGGACCUCCAGCAGGCACUGCCAGGGGAGUGCUGUUGUACUCACGUGUACUCCCAGCUAACGGAGGCCAGGCACCACAGGCACGGCGAGGUCCUUCGAAACCUGUCUGUGGAGCCAGCAGGAUUCGCCCACCCUCCCCUGCGCCAGCCUCCUGCCCCGCAGAGCCGCGGAGCGCCCAGGCGCCUCAGCGGUAACCCGCCAGCCUCGUCUCUGCGAUGGGCCCAGGUUGCAAACGGAAGCGGGGCCUUCGCCACCAAGGGCGAGCUCAAGGCGCACCCGUGCCUGCGCCCCGAGGGCGAGCAGGAGGGCGAGGGCGGGCCCCCGCCGCGCCCCAAGCGACAUCAGUGCUCAAUCUGCCUCAAGGCCUUCGCCCGGCCCUGGUCCCUGUCCCGCCACCUGCUGGUCCACUCCACCGACCGGCCAUUCGUGUGCCCGGACUGCGGCCUGGCCUUCCGCCUGGCCUCCUACCUCCCCCACCACCGCCGCGUGCACGGCGCGCUCAGCCUGCUGGCCCCUCUGGCCACCGGCAAGAAGGACGACAAGGCCUCGGGCGCACGGAACUCAGGGAAGGGGCCUGAGGGGGGCGAAGGGGCAGAAUGCGGGGGUGCCUCGGAAGGGGCAGAAGGAGGGCAAAACGGAGGGGAUGCCGCCCCCGCCCGGCCCCCCGCCGGGGAGCCCCGCUUCUGGUGCCCCGAGUGCGGCAAAGGUUUCCGGCGCCGGGCGCACCUGCGGCAGCACGGGGUGCCUCGGGCGCACGGAACUCAGGGAAGGGGCCUGAGGGGGGCGAAGGGGCAGAAUGCGGGGGUGCCUCGGAAGGGGCAGAAGGAGGGCAAAACGGAGGGGAUGCCGCCCCCGCCCGGCCCCCCGCCGGGGAGCCCCGCUUCUGGUGCCCCGAGUGCGGCAAAGGUUUCCGGCGCCGGGCGCACCUGCGGCAGCACGGGCCUCCUGCGCCACCAACGCUGCCACCGCGCCGAGCUGGAGAGGGACGAGGCGCUGCAGGCGCUGCAGGCCCAGGCCGCGCCGUCGCCCCCGCAGCCCCUGAAGACUGAGCAGGAGGAGGAAGGGCCCCCCUUGCCCGUUGGACACAUCAAGGAAGAGCCGCUGUCCCCAGGGACCCCACCCCGGUCCCCACCUGCGCCCCCUGUCUUCCUCAGCGCCUCCUGUUUUGACAGCCAAGACCACUCAGCCUUCGAGAUGGAGGAGGACGAGGUGGACAGCAAAGCCCACCUGUGCGAGUCCGGGGGCCUGGCCUCCUGACCGGGCCGGGCUGCCUCUGCCAUGCGGUCACCCGGUUUGCAGUGUGGAGGAGGGAAGUUGAAGGAGAGCCACCUCCUCUGUCUCCCCACCCCCUUGAAGCCCCUGACACUAAGCAGGGGGCCCCAGACUGCCCCUUCUCCCCAUGGCCCACCCCAGCCCCAUGCUGGUUAGGAACAGCUCACCCACACGUCUCUUAAGGCAGGACGACUUGGAAAAGGAGGCGGAGGGCAACUGGCCAGAGGGAUGGAGUGGGCGCCCUGCCUGCCCGUGCACACCGGACACCAUCACCUCUUUGGAACUGCCAGACCCUGGGGUCCCCAGUGAACGAAGGUCUGUCCCUGUCCCUUCGUCUGUCUGUGAAUAAAUGUGAGUCCGUGAGA